CAGCGCUAUAAUUACGCCUCCAUGCUUCGAACUGCGAUGACAACGCCAAACAAUCACCAACCUUGGAGAACAAUGGCUUCCCGUUUCCACAACACCGGCGUCCUCCUCCUUCUCUUCCUCCUCUGCAACGCUGUGGCUGCGGCCAACGAGACGGAAUCCUCGGCGCCGUCGGAGUGCGACACCAAGUUCCCCGGGGAUUGCCACAACAAGGCGGCGGCCCUGCAGCUGAAGAUCAUCGCCAUCGCUGCCAUCCUCGUCGCCAGCAUGCUCGGCGUCUGCCUCCCCCUCUUCUCCCGCUCUGUGCCCGCGCUCGGGCCCGACCGCGACCUCUUCGUGGUCGUCAAGGCCUUCGCCUCCGGUGUGAUCCUCGCCACCGGGUACAUGCAUGUCCUGCCGGACUCCUUCGACGACCUCGGCUCACCUUGCCUGCCCGAAGACCCAUGGUCCAAGUUCCCGUUCACCACCUUCGUCGCCAUGCUGUCGGCCAUCGGCACGCUGAUGUUGGACUCCAUGAUGCUCACCUCUUACAAUAAGAGGAGGCCGAAGGUCAGCAGCGCCACGGUCACCGGCCACGGCCAUUGCGCCGUGCCGCAGCUCGAUGCGGACGGCAAAGAUGGGCGAGAAACUGUGGUGCUCCGAAACCGCAUUAUAGCACAGGUGCUGGAGAUGGGCAUCAUAGUUCACUCUGUGGUGAUAGGGCUUUCCAUGGGAGCCUCUGAGAACGUCUGCACCAUCCGGCCUCUGGUGGCUGCCCUUUGUUUCCACCAACUCUUCGAAGGAAUGGGCCUCGGUGGCUGCAUUCUUCAGGCGGAGUACGGGAUGAAGAUGAGAGGCAUCCUGGCCUUCUUCUUCGCGGUGACCACCCCGUUCGGAGUCGUCCUCGGCAUCGGGCUGUCCAACACCUACAGAGACAACAGCCCGACGGCGCUCAUCGUGGUGGGGCUGCUGAACGCCGCCUCCGCGGGGCUGCUCAACUACACGGCCAUGGUGGAUCUCCUGGCCAACGACUUCAUGGGGCCAAAGCUACAAGGCAGCUUCAAGCUUCAACUCUGGGCUUACGUAGCGGUGCUGUUGGGCGCCGGCGGCAUGUCUCUCAUGGCCAAAUGGGCCUGAAGCGUGCAUGUCUCCUCACCUCAUCAAUCCAUGCAUGCGUGCUUCUCUCUUUAGGAAUAUUAAACAGCUU